AGAUUACCCUCCUCUGACCCUGCCCGUUUAUCCCUAGAAGCAUUUUUUGCUACCAUGGCCAUGUUAUACGAUGACCCGGAUCGUGCUAGUUCUGCCGACUCCGCUAUUCGUAAACUCCGUCAAGGGAAAAGAGUUAUUGAGGAGUAUUGUACUGAAUUCCACCGCUGGUCAGUUGAGACGGGGUGGAAUGAUACAGCUCUUCGUAGUCAAUUCCGGGUGGGUCUUUCUAGCCCUGUCAAAAAUAGCCUGGUUAAUUUCCCUCCUUCUUCCACGUUGGAUGACCUCAUGAGGUUAGCCAUUCAAAUUGAUAGGAGGCAAAGGGAAAGACGAGCUGAGGAGGAUAUAGUUUUCCCUACUACAUGUAUUGACGAGUCUCCAACUCCCUCGUUUCCUAACCCUCAGGGGGAACCCAUGCAAUUGGGGGCUACACGCCUGUCUUCCGAGGAAAGGGCCCGUAGGCGAUCCCUGGGUCUAUGCAUGUAUUGUGGGGAUAAGGGGCAUUUCCUUAAAAAUUGUCCCAAGAGGCCUGGAAAUUCUCAAAACCUUUGUGGAGAAGGGAAGCUCCAUUUGGGUAGAGAGAUUUCCUCUUCCCAAUUCGCCUCAAAAAACUUAGUACCUGUAGUUUUAUCCUGGCCUGGGGGUUCUGUUACAGUUUCGGCCUUAGUGGAUUCGGGGGCUGGGGGAAAUUUUUUAGAUGCUGCCUUCGCAGAAAGGUAUAAUAUUCCCCUUAAUCCCCUCACACCUCCUAUGAGGAUUUCUGCUAUUGAUAAAAGCCCACUGGGGUCAGGUUUGGUAACCCAAAAAUCCAAAGCAUUAUCCAUGUGUGUGAACAAUAUGCAUUAUGAAAAAUUAGCUUUUCACAUUCUUGAUGGUUCCUCGUCCCCGUUAAUUCUGGGGUUACCAUGGCUACAGGUGCACAACCCCCACAUUGAUUGGGUAACUGGGGAGGUUAUUCAGUGGGGUUCCAAGUGCCAAGAUUCAUGUCUAGCUUCCACUCUGAUGGUAGCUGGUACUUCCUUAGAGAAACUCCCUUCUGUUGAGCAUAGCUCUAAGUCUUGUUCUGGGGUACGUAGUUCCCUAUCAGCAGUUCCAUCCGCUCAAAAAAGAGCAGUAGUUAAGUCCCAUAGGGAGGUACCCAAAUUUCAGGUUGGGGACUUGGUUUGGUUAUCCACAGGGAAUAUUAAGCUUAAAAUUCCAGCUCUUAAGCAGGGGCCCAAAGUUAUAGGCCCAUACCCUAUUGUGGAAAUUGUGAACCCAACCUCUGUCCGCCUUGAGUUACCUGAGAUAUUUCUGUUAUCUAACCUGUUUCAUGUUUCUGUGUUAAAACCAGCCAUACAGGUCCACCAACAAUCAUGUCCUACUUCAGUGUUGGUGAAAAGUCUGGUCAAGUCUGAUGCCAGGGUAGACCACCUUAGGAGACAGUCUUAUUCCAGGUCUCCUGAAACUGGUUGCACAGUAAACUGGUCUGAGUCAGAGGAACCUGCCGAACAAGUAGUAUUGCAAUCUCAGCCUUCUAAACUUCAUUCAAGAGAUGUCUCGUUAAUGGAACAAUUCAAAAUAAUGUUGCGUACGGAACUAGAUAUAACUACAAAGAGAAUUACUACUUCUUUAUCAAAGGAAAUUAAAGAAAUCAGCAAAAGAACAGAUACCCUAGAGCACAGACUAGAUGAUGCAACAACAGUCCUGGAGGGUCAUGAAACAGAAAUAGAUUCUUUAUGCUAUCAACUUCAAGAACUACAGGAUAAAAUGGAAGACAUGGAAAAUAGAUCACACCGAGGAAAUAUCAGAAUCAGAGGCUUUUCAGAGUCCUAUAAAAAUUUGGAAUCUGACAUUACUGAAUUUUUUUCCAUUCUCGUUCCACACCUUCCAUCAUCUAGAAUGGAAAUUGACAGAAUACAUAGAGCAUUGGGAAGACCACCUCAAGAAGGCAAUCCCAGAGAUGUGAUUCUAAAGCUUCAUUAUUAUACAACAAAGGAAACAAUAAUGCAAGCAGCAUGA